CGGCGCCUCCCGAGGGAGCGGCGCCGCCGGCCGAGCGCAGGCCUGGCCAUGACCGACUUCAAAUUGGGUAUCGUGCGGCUCGGCCGGGUGGCCGGGAAGACGAAGUACACACUGAUAGAUGAGCAAGAUAUCCCGCUGGUGGAGGGCUACUCCUUUGAGGCCCGGAUGGAAGUAGAUGCAGAUGGAAAUGGUGCUAAGAUAUUCGCAUAUGCCUUUGACAAAAACCGAGGAAGAGGGUCAGGAAGGCUCCUUCACGAGCUGCUGUGGGAGCGGCACAGGGGAGGCAUUGCUCCCGGCUUUCAGGUGGUACAUCUCAAUGCUGUGACUGUGGACAACCGCCUGGACAACCUGCAGCUGGUGCCAUGGGGCUGGCGUCCCAAAGCAGAAGAGACAUCCAGCAAACAAAGGGAGCAAAGCUUAUACUGGCUGGCGAUUCAGCAGCUUCCCACGGACCCCAUAGAAGAGCAGUUCCCUGUCCUGAAUGUGACCCGGUACUACAACGCCAAUGGGGACGUGGUAGAGGAGGAGGAGACUUCCUGUACCUACUAUGAGUGCCAUUACCCUCCCUGCACGAUGAUCGAGAAGCAGCUCCGGGAGUUCAACAUUUGUGGGCGUUGCCAGGUGGCCCGGUACUGUGGCUCCCAGUGCCAGCAGAAGGACUGGCCUGCCCACAAGAAGCACUGUCGGGAGAAGAAGCGCCCUUUCCAGCACGAGCUUGAGCCAGAGCGAUGACCGGACUUCCAGAUCUUCCUUGGGCAAAGCAGACCCAGACUGGUAGCUGACCUGGAGGUGCUGAAGAAGCCAGUGAUGCGCACCCACGGCAACUGCCACAGAGGCCCUCUCGUCAUGGGUACUUUGUGUGGGCACAGCUCUCCCCUCAGUGUUCAUCUCCAAGCAGAGACAGCUGGGGAGGCUCCCACCAGGACGCUUCUCAUUAUUUAUAUGUUAAUAUGUUUGUAAACUCAUGUACAGUUUUUUUGGGGGGAGGCAGUGGGAGGGUUAGAAAUUACAAAUAGAAUCAUUUGCUGUAAUUCUCAAAUGGCAAACGGUUGGGCCACAUGUUUAAAAAAGUCUAAAAAGUGUCACAUAGUGGAAGCUUCUCCUGGGCAGCUGUAGCCCCCUGCAGCCCCAUGCGUGGCCUGCAUGGGGUCAUACCUACAAGGCAGAGUAAAGGGGUGGAAUCAUCGAGUGCCUCA